AGGGCUGCGAGGGGGUGGCGGUACACGCCUCUGCCUAGUCACCGGAGUUAGGAGAAGAAGGGCGCCCGGGGUAACUACACAGCAGAAGCCUGUGUUUGCCUCCCUUCAGCCAGCAUGUCUCUGAAGGGCGUGAAAGGAGCUGCAGACAGCCGGCCGUCCGCAGCUGCCAGUGUGGCGUCUCCACGUGGCCGAGCCCCGUCUCCCGGAAGGUUCCGGCACAAGGCCAUUCAGCUCAGCCUGGGCAAGAAAUUCUUCUCCAAGUCUCUGUCCAGUUCACGUACCUCCGGGAAGGAAGCAGAGGAGGCACAGCAGCGUGGCAAGAGGAGCCUGAGCCACACCUCAGCGGUGGCAGCAGCCUACGUCUCCUACCUCAACAAGCUGUUUGGACAGGAGAGAGACCUGAUGCCCCAGGAGUUGGAUGAGCUGCAGGAGGCCUUCAAGGAGUUUGACUACGACGCCGAUGGCUUCAUCCACUACAAGGACAUCGCGGACUGCAUGAGGACCAUGGGCUACAUGCCCACCGAGAUGGAGAUCAUCGAGAUCAUCCAGCAGAUCAAGAUGAAGUGGGGUGGUCACGUGGACUUUGAUGACUUCUGUGAGCUCAUGGGUCCCAGGAUGCUGGCAGAGACGGCCCACAUGGUGGGGCUGAAGGAGCUGCGCUGUGCCUUUAAGCAGUUUGACUGCGACGGCGACGGUAAGAUCACCCCUGAUGAGCUGAAGGAGGCGAUGAAGGGCCUCCUGGGGGAGAAGCUGAAGAAGGGGGAGCUGGAGGAGAUCCUGGCGGACAUCGACCUCAACAAGGACGGCAACAUCGACUUUGACGAAUUUGUCAUGAUGCUGUCUGCGAGGUAAACAGAGGGACGCAAGCCCGCAACGCGUUGGAAGAACACAAGUGAAUGAAUGCAACUUUAGUAGUUGUUCCAUUUGGUGAUGCAGUAUAUGUUGCACUACUGUUUGCUCCAAAGAAUUAUUGUAUACAUUUAGUAACAUAAUUGCUGCUACAUUGAACAUGGUGGGGCAUCAAUAAAUCGUAAUGCGCUACUUUAGCGCCCCUAAAAGGCUGCAGACAGAACUGCUAUCUCUUGUUACUGUAUAUAAACAACUAUAAUACGUGCGUUGAAAAAGAAGUGCAUUUAUUAUUGGACACAUAACUUUGAAUUAGUGUUUAAAUGGUAAUACCUUUUAAGGGCAUUCUCAAUUUGCCUCCUUUGGAUCUUAAAUAACUACCAUCAAGUCAAGAGGGACUUGGUUCAAAUCACUCUCAUCCUUCGUCUACAACAAAGUGUUUAGACCGUAAGAGACAGCUCAGUGCUACUUUUCCGUAUGCCACUGUAUGAAUGUGCGUUUUAACAUGAAUAUUGUAGUCAACAUUACCAACAAAGAUUGCUGAAUCUUUGGGAGAGGAUACACACA